AUGUUCAAAAGACCGUUUGCGCCGCGUCCGGUCGCUAGACCUUCACAACGUUCCCACUCUCCAUCUCUAAGCCAAAUGAAUGCGCUUCCACCUCCACCCCGGGCUCUGACUAACAUAACCCAACGACGUAUUCAUCCUAUUUUCAGCGCGUGGGAGCUCUCCCUCACGCCCAAUCCUCAAGAACCCGCCAGUCCCGCCACGGAACCCGCCAGUCCCACUACAGAACCCGUCAGUUCCACUACAGAGAACAUUCAAGACUGGGUUCUCGCGGCUGAAGAGGAUAGGGUUAAACGGGAUACUGCGUCGUCGAUCAAGCUUUUUCAGUCUCCCUCUUUGUCUCCUCCGGCCACGACAGCCUUGCCGGCCGAACACCCUUCAGAAAACAGACUCGAUGUCUGCGUAUACCUGAACGGGCGCCUGGUUGCCGCCGCCGGGACAACCCAAUAUGGCGCACCAGCCCCGUUCAUUCCAUCAACCCAGUCCUCCUUCGACGCAGGGAAUUUCCACAUCAACAUCUCGAUUCAUAAAAAAUCUGGCCACAGCCGCACGGACACCUUUGGCCAGCCCACGACCCUUGGACAAGGCGCCCCUCUGGUGUAG